AUGAGGGUUCAUAGUUUAUUAUUCAUUGUCGCUGCUGCUAAAGCGUUGGCGGUGACCUCGAGACAAGAUGUUGAACUUGUUAAGGAUGGCUCUGUUAUCAAUAAUGAUGGUAAUUCUUUGAAUGCGAAUCACUAUAACUCUUUUGGUGUUGACGUGGAUUAUCGAAAGAACCAAGCCAUGCUUGGAUUAAACGUUAACCAGGAUGUUAAAAGAGGAGUUGCUGAUGAUGCGCCUGUUAAAAGAGGAGUUGCUGACAAUGUUGCUACUGGAGGUAAUCCCUCUUUUACUACUGAAGUCAAAACCGGUGGCUUGGGCAAUAUAUUUUGGCAAUUGUUGAAUAUUGGAAAGGAUAUAACUAUUGAAAAAGUUGUUAUAUUGAAAGAUAUCCUUAUGUUGCUUGAGAAGAUUAAGGUUAUUCGCGAAGGGGAACUUGGCGAUAUUAUCGUUGCUGCUGCUGAUGUGGAUGAGGAUAAAGACCAGAUGUUUCAAGCACAAGCUAUUGCUAUCAAAAGAUCAGACGGUUUAGAAAUGUCACCCGAUGCUGUCCCUGAAAAUAAGUUUAUUGGAUUGGAAAAAUUGAAAAAGGACAAGAAGGGCAAGGGCAAAGGCAAAGGCAAAGGCAAAGGCAAAGGUUACAGAAAACAUGGUCAUGGUGGAAGAAAAGAACAUCAUCACCAUGAUGAUGAUAAGGACUGUGACUGCGUCGACUAUGAGUAUGAAGAUAUAAAUUGGAACCACGAAUGCCAAGAUGGAGACGAGGAUUGCCAUGACUGGGAUGAAGAUUGCGACGAAUGGGAAAGAGAAUACAGAAGAAAAUGGGAAUUGAAAAACGGUCGUGGUCUGGGAUCUAGAACACUGUAUGAAUAUGGUCGUCAUAAGCACGGAAAAGGAUUAAAGGAGAAGGAGCAUGGUACUAUUCAUCAUGAUGAUAAGAAAGGUGACGACAAGAAAGAUGACGACAAGAAAGAUGACGACAAGAAAGAUGAUGAUAAGAAAGAUGAUGAUAAGAAAGAUGAUCACCAUGAUGGCAAGAAAAAUGACGGCAAGAAAGGUGACGAUAAGAAAGAGGAUCACCAUGAUGGCAAGAAAAAUGACGGCAAGAAAGGUGACGAUAAGAAAGAUGAUCACCAUGAUGGUAAGAAAGAUGAUGAUCUUGAAUGUGAUUGCUGUAAUGAUGACCACCAUUACGGUAAAAAAUGGGGUAAAUCUCAUGGCUCCCAUCUCAAACGUGAAGAUGUUCAAAUGAUGAUUCGUGAUUUGUCCAAGCUUAAAAAAGGCUCUGGUGAUAAAAAAUCUCUGAGCAAAAAUGGGAAAACUUCUGGAAAAGGCAGUAAAUACUCCACACCAUCUAUUGAAGAUGAUUGUUCUGGUGAUGAUGAAGAAGAAGAAGAAGAAGAACAGGGCAAAGGUAUGAAAGGUGACAAAUUCGGCGGCAUGAAAUCAAAGUUGAAGGGACUUUUCAAUAAAGGUGGUAAAGGUGGUAAAGGUGGUAAAGGUGGCUCUGAUAAAGGCUCUUCAUCUAUCAAAUCCAAAUUUUCAAAAGGUAAAGAAGAAACUGAAGAUGAUGACUGUCCAGAUGAGAAAUCAAAAAAAGGUGGUAAACGUGAUUUGUCGAAAUUAAAAGGCUUAAUGAAUAAACAAGGUGGCAGCGGUAAAGGCGGUAAAGGUGGUAAAGGUGGUAAAGGUGGCGCCGAUAAAGGCUCUUCAUCUAUCAAAUCCAAAUUUUCAAAAGGUAAAGAAGAAACUGAAGAUGAUGACUGUCCAGAUGAGAAAUCAAAAAAAGGUGGUAAACGUGAUUUGUCGAAAUUAAAAGGCUUAAUGAAUAAACAAGGUGGCAGCGGUAAAGGCGGUAAAGGUGGUAAAGGUGGUAAAGGUGGCGCCGAUAAAGGCUCUUCAUCUAUCAAAUCCAAAUUUUCAAAAGGUAAAGAAGAAACUGAAGAUGAUGACUGUCCAGAUGAGAAAUCAAAAAAAGGUGGUAAACGUGAUUUGUCGAAAUUAAAAGGCUUAAUGAAUAAACAAGGUGGCAGCGGUAAAGGCGGUAAAGGUGGUAAAGGUGGUAAAGGUGGCGCCGAUAAAGGCUCUUCAUCUAUCAAAUCCAAAUUUUCAAAAGGUAAAGAAGAAACUGAAGAUGAUGACUGUCCAGAUGAGAAAUCAAAAAAAGGUGGUAAACGUGAUUUGUCGAAAUUAAAAGGCUUAAUGGAUAAACAAGGUGGUUUCAAGGGUGGUUCCAAGGGUGGUUCCAAGGAAGUUCCCAAGGAAGUUCCCAAGGGAGAAACGAAAAAAAAUAAGGAAGCUCCAGUAUAUGAUGAUGAUGAUGAUGAUGAUGAUGACUAUUGUUCAGAGGACGAACUGGUUGACAAAGAAAGUCCAAAAGAUAACGGAAAGUCAUCCAGUGGCUCCAAAUCUAAGCCUGAAAAAGGCAAGGAUCAAGCCUCAAAUCUGAAAGACUCACUGAAAGGUAAAGAAGAUUCUUAUAAUGGAGAUGACGAUGAGUCCUGCUCUGAAGAAGAAACAGAAGAAGAAAAACCUAAACCAUCAGAAAAGCCAUCUAAUGGACUGAAACUAGGUGGCAAAAGCGGCGUGUCAAAGUCGAGGAAAGAAACUUAUGUCAAACGCAAAGGAUCGAAAACGAAAGAUGUCGAAGAAAAUAAGCAGGAGGAAGAAAAACCAUCCAACAAUGGAGGAAAAUCCUCUGGCGGUAUGAAAGCCAAGUUAGGAGGUAUGUUCAGUAAAGGUGGCAUGGGUGGUAAAGGUGGCAUGGGUGGUAAAGGUGGUAUGGGUGGUAUGGGUGGUAUGGGUGAUAAACUUGGUUUGUCCAAAUUGAAAGGCUUAACAGGAGGCAAAUCGACUCAAAAAGAAGUUGUUGAAGAAAAGGAAGAGGAAGAAGAGGACUGUGCUCAACCAAGUGGAGGCAUGAGGUCCAAACUUGGCGGAAUGUUUGGUAAAGGCGGAAAAGGCUUACAAAAUGGUUCUGGAAAAGGUGGUGUUGGUGGUGGUGGUAAGACAGGCCUUUUAAGCAAAUUGAAAGGUUUGUUUAGUAAGGGAGGUAAAUCCAAUGGCAAACAACAAGAAAAACCCCAGGAGGAGAAGGAGGAGGAAGAAGAUGAUGAUGACUGUGAGGAAGAACAACCAGAGCAAGAAAAACCAUCCAACAAUGGAGGAAAAUCCUCUGGUGGUAUGAAAGCCAAGUUAGGAGGUAUGUUCAGUAAAGGUGGCAACGGUGGUAUGGGAAAAGGAAAACGUGAUUUAUCUAAAUUGAAAGGUUUGAUGGGCAACAAAGGAGGCUUCAAAAAAGGCUCUUCUUCAAAAGGGAAAGGGUCACAAGGCAAUAAUAACGAUGAUGUUGAUGAUGAUGAUGAAGAAUGUGAAGACGAGUACGAGGAAGAGCAGCCCAAAAGUAAAAAUGGAAAAUCAUCUGGUGACCUCAAAUCCAAGUUUGGAGGAAAACUAGGUAAAGGCAAUGCUGGUGACAACAAGCUUAAAAAGGGAAAGGGAAAUGGAAGCGGAAAAGGAAAAGGAAAUGGAAAAGGAAAUGGAAAACGUGAAGAAGAUGAAUCUCAAGUCAAAUUAGCUGGGUUAUUAAGCAAGCUCAAAGGCGAAGGCAAGUCUGAUUCCGAGGUCCCAGCUGAAAGCAAGGAGGAAGUUGAGACCCCAGCCGAAAACAUUGAAGACGAUAGUUCAGCAAAGAAGAGUGGUGGUACAGGCCAAAAAUUGAAGCAAAAGUUUGGAAAGGACAAUAUGAAAAGUAAAAUGUCAGGCAUGAAAAGUAAAAUGUCAGGUAUGAAGGGUUCAAUGUCAGGUAUGAGGGGUAAAAUGCCAAGUAUGAAGGAUCAAGGUUCAAAAUUGAAAGGAAAGCUUGGUGGUUCGAAAAAUGGAGGUGCAAAGGUUGUUACAACUACGGAAUAUGUUACAGUGACUGUUACAGAAGCUCCUGCUGCUCCGUCUACACCCCCACCUCCCGUUGAAAAGAAACCUGAAAAGAAACCCGAACCUGAACCUCAACCUGAACCUGAACCUCAACCUGAACCGGAACCUGAACCUGAACCUCAACCUGAACCGGAACCUGAACCGAAACCAGAACAAAGUUUCAAAGAGAAACUUAAAGAAAAGAUCAAAGCAGGAGAAAAAGCGAAAGGUAAACGUGAAGUAGAAGAGGAAGAAGAACAGUUUCAAGCACUCAAAGUUCUGAAACUCAAGCAGUUGCUUAGUAAGAAGAAAGGAUCCAAAGAAUCUAAAGAUGAAGAUGAAGAUGAAGAUGAUAAGAGUGAUUCAAAGUCAAAAUUUGGUGGAAAGUUUGGAGGUAAGAAAGGAAAAUCGGACAAGGAUAAAGACGAUGGCGAUGAUGGUAAAUUUGGCGGUAAACUUGGCGGAAUGUUUGGUGGUAAGAAAGGAAAGUCUAUGAAAGAUGGUAAAGACAAGGACGAGGAGUCUUCAUCUGGUAAGGGUGGAAAAGACUGGAAAUCCAAGUUUGGUGGAAUGUUUGGAGACAAAAAGGGCAAAACAAAAGACAAGCCUGAUGCCGAUGACGAAGAUUGCGAUGAUGAUGGUAAUAAUACAGGGAGGCCUAGCCAAGACAAAGUCAAUGACCUGAAAAAAGAUAGUAAGGAGUCUUUAAAAGACAAGGUGAAUAAAGGUGCCAAAGGGGUUAUUACCAAAAGAGACACGGCUGACGAUUUAUUGCUUAAGGUCUACACAUCGUUGAAAAAAUCCGGUUUGAUUUAUGACAUUUUUGAAUUGACAUUGGCUGAUAAUGAUUUGAGGAGUGAUUUUGCUUCUUUUGUAUUGCAGAUGAUUCCCAAGUUGAUUGCUUCUGGUGAGUUAACUGCGUCACAAAUUAAGGAAAAGUUGUCUGUUAAUGGCGGAAACGUAAAAGGUGACGCUGUCAAUGGAAUACAAGUCCCUGGAAACUCAAAACCCGUUAAAAAGGAUAAAGACUAUUUGAUUCCUGAGUUUAAGAACCGACCACCUGUUGGAAAUCCUCCAAUAAUACAACCCUUGGGACCAAAAAAUGCCAACGAUCUUAACAAAGGACAUCACGAGAUGAAUCAUGUACAAAGUGGAAAAACUCACCACGAGGAGCACCACUAUUCCAAAUUCCGUAAUGGUACAUUGGAUCACACUUCAGAGCAUCAUGUGGCAAAGAAUAAGGACUUUGAAAAGGAGCAUCAUGAGGAACACCAUAAUGGGGUUGUGCAUGAAAACAAUGACCACAAAAGCGAUUAUCAAGAUGUAGCAAAGGAUCAUUAUGAGAAGGUGAGAACUGGUGAUAAAAUCCAUGAGAAAGAUAGUCACGAGUUAGAAAAGGAACAGUACAAUGAAGACUCUCAUGAACACCAAACUCAAAAUGGAGAAAUUGAAGAGGAUCACCACGAGUAUGAGCACCGUGAAAUUCAAAAGGAGGAACAUGAACAGGAUUUCUACGAAAAGGACAAGUCCAAAGACAAAAAGAAGAAGAACAAAAAGGUUUACCAGAUUAAGAGAGAAGAGCAGGAACUUUAUGAGAAGGAAACUCACAAAAAGGAGAAGGGUUUACAUGAAUUAGAUCAACACGAAAAGGUUGAUGGUGGUGAACUGCAUCAUGAAUUUGACUUGCACGAAAAGGAUCAGCACGAGUUGGAAAAAGACCUGUAUCAAAAGAAGUUUCAUGAGAAGGAUGGUAAAUAUAAAUUGGAUCAUCAAGUAGAGAAUGAACACAAGAAGGGAAAGGACCUUCAUGAAAAGGAUCAACAUGAGUUGCAUGAUGAAGGAGACUUGCAUCAUGAUAAGACUAUUCAUGAGCUUGAUGAUAUUGAGUUUGAGAGUGAUAUCAAUAAAGACCAAGUAAAUGAGUUGGAUCACAAGGAAAAGAGACACGAAGUUGAACAUUAUGAAGAAGAUCUUCACAAAAACGUGACUGAGCAUCAUGAAAAGAACUUGCAUGAAAUACUGGACGAUGUAAGUAACAAGCAUGAGAAGGAGCAACACAAAUCAGAUGAUUAUUCUUUAGAAAAGGAUAAACAUCAGGUUGACCAUCGUGAACAGGAUCACAAUGGCUAUGAUUUCGAAAGUGAAUGGAAUGAGUUGGAUGAGUUUUCGAAAGAAAAAGAGCACCAUAAGGACUAUUUACACGACUUGGACCAUGAAGCUAAAAGGAGGAGACAUGAGUUGGAACACUAUGAAGAGGAAUUCCACAAGGAUGUAAAUGAACAUCAUGAGAAGAGUGAACACUCGGUUUCUGAUGAUGGAUGGCACUAUAAUGAGAAGGAGGGACACAAGGAAAACGAUCGUACUUUGAAUAAGGAUAGUCAUUUAGUUGACAAUCGCGAAGCCAACGUUGAUGAGAAUGGAGUUCAAUACGAAAAGGAUACCCAUGAGGUUAAUGAUUUUGCAAAGGAGAAGGAUUUCCACGAGGACUACUUCAAGGAGAUUGAUCACCCAUCAAAAAGACACGAAGUUGAGCAUUACGAAGAAGAUUCACACAAGGAUGUUACCAAGCAUCAUGAAUUGGAUUUACAUGAAAGCUUUGAUGAUGGAUCGAAUAAACAUUUGAAAGAGGCUCACAAGGAAGAUGAUUAUGGUUUGGCUAAAGAUGAACAUGAAGUUAGUCAUCAAGAACAAGAUAGUAGCAAUGGUGUUGAAUACUCGAAAGAAGUUUACGAAAAUGAUGAGUAUGCUAAGGAGAAGGAUCACCACAAGGAUUAUAUCCACGAGGUGGAUCAUAACUCCAAGCGUCAUGAAUUGGAACGUUAUGAGGAGGACUAUCAUAAAAAUGUAAAAGAACAUCAUGAAGUUAACCAUCAUGAGGAAACUGAGAGCGACGAGAAGUUUGACGAAAAGAAUCAUCACAAGGAGGAUGACUAUUCGUUAGAUAAAGAUGAGCAUGUUCUUGACCAACAAGAAGAGGAUCAUGAUGAUGAGAAUGGUGUUGAUUAUGAGAAGUCAUUACAUGAAUUUGACGAAGCCAAGAAGGAGAAGGAGAAGCACAAGCAAUACUAUCACGAAGCUAACCAUGAAAAAAACACCAAGAGACAUGAAGUUGACCGCUAUGAAGAGGACUCUCAUAAAAAGGUUGUUGAACAUCAUGAAAAAGAUCACCAUAAAGAGUCUGAUGACGGGUACCAGUACCACGAGGAGAAUGGCCAUAAAGAACAUGAUCUUGCUAUUGAAAAAGACAAGCACGCUUUGAAUCAUCAUGAGAAGACUUUGGAAGAUGAUUUGGAAAUUGAGAAGGAUAUUGACGAGCUUGAUGAAUGGGGCAAGGAAAAGGAACAUGUCAAGGACUAUUAUCACGAGGUUGAUCAUGAGUUGAAACGUCGUGACGUGGUCAAGGAACAUGAUAGUGAGAAGGUGGAGAAGGAGGUGCAUGAGAAGGAUCAACACCUUAAGGAAAAGGAGAAGGAACACUAUGAAAAAGAUCGUGUUUAUGGUGGUGAACGCCACUCGAAGGAGCACCAUGAAAAGGAGCACCAUGAGCGUGAAAAGUAUGAGGCUGCUCCAGGAAGAGAGCAACAUGAACACGAGGAACACGAUAGAGAAGAACACAAGAAGGAGAAUCAUGAGAAGGGACCUUCUGAACAUGAAGAGUAUGUAAAGGAAAAGGCUAAAGAUGCUGGAAAGAAGCAAGUUGAUGAAGUAACUCAUGUCAAUAAAGAGCAUGAUUUGAAUGGUGAGAAUAUUGGAUAUGUUUAUCAACCAGCACCUGAAAUCAUUGCCGGCGGAGGAGUUCCGGGUCAGGCACCAGGCCAAAUUAUUGAGCCUGUUGGAGGAGGAGCCUAA